AUGCCCAUCAAGGAAGUGGCACUGGAUCUCACCAACUUUGUGCUGUCAAACGUUAACGAUGCAAUCUCCUUCAAGCCGCAACUAUGCUACGAAGUGCCCGCCCAGGACUAUGGCGAACUGCGAGAACGGUACAUCGCAUUUACCGGCACAUCCAUGCGCAAAAACAAAUCCCGGCUGUACUUUCUGCCGACAAACAUCUCUGACGAACUGCAACAGCUUAAUCCAUCGGUGCCGGACUCGGCGAAGCACGUGCCGCGCGACGGCCACGUUUACUACAAAAACAGGCUUAUCACGGAGCUGGACUAUGAAAACGUGAAACGUGUGGAGCUGGCGUGCGCCUACAUUGCGUACGCGAUCAUCAACAAAGCCGCAGGCGUCGAGGUGGAACCCGGAAGCAGCAGCAACAACAACAAUAACAACACAGACCGUCUGAGCGGCGCCCUGGCAAGCGCCAUGGAACGCCGCGAAUCGUCAAAUUCGUUUUCGGAUUUGAGCGGCCGCGAAGAAUCGCGGGACGGCUCGAAUCCGUCUCCCUCAGACCUCAAAAUAUCGCCUGCGGAGGCCACCGCCCAAGCCCUCAAGCGAGGCGGACUCAUUGGCUUCCGUGAAUUGGGCUAUCUCGUCAAUAUCACGCCCUGGCAUUUCCACCGUGUUUUCAAAGUCAUCACGGGGCUCACCAUCCGCGAAUAUGGCCAAUUGUGCACCGAGUUUGCCAAGAAAAACCGCGAUAUCAUGAACGCUUGCAAUAAACGUGUGCAAGAGCUCAAGAGCCAAGGCCACGUCUACCAGUGUUUCUCAGAUCCAGAUUUCCUCAAGGAGGGCUCGCUAAAGUACGAGCCUACUAGAAACGUGGUUUUACUGCCCCAGUACUUCAUCGAUCCUAAUAAAUCAAAAGAACACAAGAAAAUGCAAAAGGAGAACAAGGCCUUUGAUGGCAAAUGCACACAACGUGUGGAGGCUCGCAAACGCAGGGGCUCCAUCAUGUCAGGUCGUAUUAGGGCGGCUUCGCAAUCGAGCGUGACUUCCAACUCAUCGAUCCAGGACGUGCUUCAGGUGGAACCGGCUUUCCCUAGCACUCCGCAAAUGAGCCCUUCCGAUGUCAGAGCUUCGCUAUCAGCGUCACCCGUUCUACAUGGUGCCGCCGGUUUAAGUACCCUCGACUCUACGGUUCUAAAGUCAACACUUGCAAACUCGAGGAAAAAUAGCUUGGUGGCCGGAUCAUCAGCAACUCACUUGCCAUCUGCCUCCGGCAAAAUUGGGAAACCCAAACCUGUGUCUAGUAGCAGUAACGUCGGCCAUCUUCGUCACCUGAGUGACUCCUCUACAGGUUUGGACGCUAAGGAACUAUCUAAAUUGGCAGCCGCAGCUGCCAAUAACAAGGCUGUACCCAACGUCGGUGCUGUUCAAAAUACAGUGACAUCCCCAAAAGUGGACUUCAAGUUUGACAUUUUUGGUGGUGAAGGCAACGCAGCUCAGCGUUCAGUUGAUUCUCAUCAUUCUCAAUUGCCAGUUAGCAGUAGUAAUGGCGAUUUCAACUACGGUUUGGACGAACUAAACCCUCGAGCCGUCUCCAACUUUACUACAGCUUCCAGCAACGGUAGCUUUCAGCUAGAUUUCAACGAUGAUGUGGCCAAUAAUGUAUUGAAUCCCUCUGACAAUGGCUUUUACCUUGCUGAAAAUCAUCAGCCCCACAGUGACAAUAAUACCGCAACAACCUCUGUGCGAGGCAACUCCAAAUCUAUCGAAACAUUGCCGCGGGAAUCUAACAGCACUUUCUUGGGAGAUUUUCAUCCAGCAGACCUGGAUGACAGCUCUCAGCUACUUAUGGACUUGAACGCUCUGCCAGACGAUGGAAAUAUGAACCAGCCGUUUGGUAUCUUUGCUAACGGCCCGGACAUUGGAGGUGGAGGAAGUUUUACAAAGCUACCGGAACUUGGGGACUCAUAUGUUCAGCACGAACAGAUGUCUACAGGACAAAGUCAUCUUAAUGCUUCCAUGAUGAAACCCCUAGGACAAGACCAGCCACACCACGGCAGAUUGCAGGACGAUUCGCUAACAUCGUCCCUGAACUAUAAUAAUCCCUCGAGCUAUUCUAGGAAUAGGCUCAACUCUGCCGUCGCUCCAAUGGAUGACGUUAAUCGAAUGUUUCUAUCGGGAUAUUCUGGCGAAACCCCUCACGCUGCCGAGCCACUCGAAUCACAGAGCGGUAAUCCCACGGAGCAAAUUGUUUCUGCUCCUAUUGUCUCACAACCUUCUACUAGGGACAACACCAUGGGUUCAACUGUCACACCGGACACAAUCCUCACAGCUGAGACAAAUGCUUCAACUAGAGACUUCGAUGCCAAGGGAUCCUUGGCAGCUUUCACAAAUUUGGGGUUUGAUGCCUUAAGUCCUGGUUCUUCUCCCACUGCAUUAGACAUGGGAUUACCUGUCUUCAAUGGUAACCUAAACUCUGAUUUUACUGGUCCAUCCAUCGAGGCGUUGAUGUCGUCUGGCAAUGAUGCAACGCCACACAACUUCUAG